UGUUGCUGCUGGGCUCGGGCCGGGACAGUCAGAGGAGCCACAGCAGCAGAGUUCACACGUCCUCACAGAGUAGAAAUGUUUGAUAACACCCACUACCCCUUCAACUGCUUCAACUACGAUGGGGACGGAUACCCUUCAUCCAGCACUGACGAGGACAAGAAGAUGUGCAGACCUGCAUACAGCUACAUCGCUCUGAUCGCCAUGGCGAUCCAGCAGAGCCCCGAGCAGCGUGUCACUCUGUCGGGAAUCUACGAGUUCAUCAUGAAGAGGUUUCCGUACUAUCGCUCCAACCAGAGAGCCUGGCAGAACUCCAUCAGACACAACCUGUCUCUCAACAGCUGCUUCAUCAAGGUUCCUCGAACAGAGGGCAACGAGAAGGGGAAGGGAAACUACUGGACUUUUGCCACUGGCUGUGAAUCCAUGCUCGACCUCUUUGAAAAUGGUAACUUUCGGCGUCGCCGGCGCAGGAGGAACAUGAAAAUCAGCCUCCGUGACUCUGGAGAAACCCCUUUCCACCCUCUGGAAAGCCACAACAAUCAACAUGUACCCUCAGCCCGGCACCCAGAAUCUGACUCCACCCUCUGCCCUUUGAACCCUGACAGGCCGAGGCCGGGUCCGCAGCAAAACCUCCUCGUCCCAAACCCCACCCAGCAGGGGAAACCAGAGUCGGAGAUCAAGUUUAGCAUUGACUACAUCCUGUCCACUCCAGAUCCACCCCUACCUGGGUACAGAUCCUCCUAUGGCCCCGUGCACAUAGGGCCCACAGGGCCGCCAUUGCAUGUUCUGGAGUCCCAGCAGCUGAACCUGCACUUCUGGACUCUGUGAGAACAUGAGAGGAAAGAAACAAAGAGACUGAACUGGUGACUUGUUCAAAACUGGGAGGUUUAAGGACAUCCAGAGACAAGAGGGAUUCCACAAGAGGAAUUUUACAGACUUUAAAAUAUACAUGAGGAACAAAUAAAGAGGUACAGUACGGUGUGAUCAGGUCAUCAUGCUGUCAGAGUUGAAAUGUGAACAAAACAGUGGAGUGUUCAUGUUGUUGCUGUUAGUGCAGUGUUCAGUACUGACGUAGAGUAUAGGUUUAUAUAUAUAUGUAUAUAUAUAUGUAAAUACA